CGGCCCCGGCCUCUCAAAGGGCUUCGUUCUGGCCCUCUCACCCCGGCAUGCUCUGCUUGUCUGACCAAAGAGCCCUCUCUCGACCGACCGGACCGAAACCUGGGGAGGAGGCCAUGGGCUGCUUGUCUGCCACCCCCUGCUCCUGGCCCUGUCACUUCAUCCAUUUCCAGACUCCCACGGCUUUCUGUCUCGCUGUCCCGGCCGGGCCUGUCCCUCACAACACCUCACGACUGUGCCUCAAAGCCCGCAUCAAUAAACGGAAACAGUCUGCACGGCUGCGGGCGUGGAGCUGCGGGAACGCGAGAGGGUGUGCGAGUGCUUGCGUCGUCGGCCACCUCCCGGGCAAGUCAGGCCCCGCUCCCUCCUUCUCCUCCCGCCAGGGUCCCCAGGCCGAACCCAUGCCCUUCCCGUCGGUCAAGGGACCGCACUCUCAGGGGUACUUGGACCGGUGUUUCUGCCUGGAAGUUGCCGGUAGGGUCUGGAGUGGGAAUCAGCCAGGAUGCGCGGGGCGUCCAUCCCCGGUGCGGCUAUGCGGCCAGGGAUGGGGAGACAGAAGGGCAUCUAGUGUGGAGGUUUGUAGCUUGAACUCUCCGCGCGCGAGACUCCCAUGGGCCGUUCCGCCGGGACCCUGCCCCACCCCGUUCAAGGAGCGUGAAACCCCUCCCCCACCCUUCUCGCCCGGAGGCCUGUGGCAACUGGGUCCGUUGGGGCAGAAGCAUGGAGGGAAAGCCUUUAAAAGCGUCGGCCAAGUCUUCGAGCCACCAUGGCUCGGGCAGGUCGAGCCUGCAGGACAUCCGAAACAUGUGGACCACGGCUACUCUGUCUCAGCCGAAGCUGAAUGUGCAGCUGCCCACGGUACGCGAGGACUCGGAACUGGAGGACGUUAGCGUAAGCGGUAAGACUCGCUGGUCCUACGACCAGAAGGCUGGCCACGACGCAGAGGGUGGCUGGGAAGCAUCCGACGGCGGAGAGGACAAGGACACCUUCAAGCCAGAAGAGCCAGAGGAGCUGGAGCUUGGCGGCGAUAGCUCCCAGGGAAGCCGUUUAGAGGAGGACGAUUCCAAGACCGACAACGAAAAGCCUUCCUCAGUGUCAUCGCUCAAUAUCUCGAGGCACACACCCCAUCGAGCCUACUGGGUGGAACAGCAGAGCAGGCUGCCCCUGCCCCUGACUGAACUGAUGGAGAAUGAAGCUCUGGAAAUACUCACCGAAGCCCUCCGGAGUUACCAAUCAGAGAUCGGCCGGGACCAUUCCCUGACCAAACAGCUGCAGCGAUACAUCGAGGGGCUCAAAAGGCGCCGGAACAGGAGGCUGCAAGUCUUGGCGAUCUGAGAGCACCGCCUCGGGCUCCAGCGAGUGCCCGACUCCAGCCCUGGUCCCUGUCCAGUACCCAGAUCCAAGCCCGACCCUGCCCACGUGGAAUUUGAGCCCUUAGAGAAAUAAAAGAAUCUGUACAUGG